AUGUCUUUCCCCAACAAGCAGCCGGAUUGGAACAACCUCCAAGUACUCCACCGAAAUACCCUGGCCCCAAGGGCAAAUUUCUUCUCUUACGCCAGCGAGAGGACGGCGCUGGGAUUUGAUCGCGAGAAGAGUCAGUACAAAUCCCUGACUGGCACUUGGAAGUUCCGGCACGAUGCGUCUCCCUUGGAGUUUCCGGGAUGGGACACUGUAAACCCCCUGGUCUGGGAUGAUAUCAAGGUCCCAGGCAUGUGGCAGCUUCAGGGCUACGGUCGGCCACUCUACACCAACGUCAACUACCCAUUCCCCGUUGACCCUCCCAAUGUGCCCUAUCUCAACGAGACGGGCUCCUACUGGCGACAGUUUACUACUCCGGCCACGUGGGGUGACCAACAGGUAAGGCUUCAUUUCGAGGGCGUUGAUAGUGCAUUCCACGUCUGGGUCAAUGACAUCGAGGUUGGCUACAGUCAAGGUAGCCGCAACCCUAGCGAGUUCGACAUCACCACGUUCCUCACACCUCCGGGAUCCCCAAACACAAUCGCCGUCUGCGUUUACGAGUUUUGCGAUGGAUCAUACCUUGAGCGCCAGGACCAGUGGCUCCUCUCUGGCAUUUUCAGGGAUGUAUAUCUCCUCGCCAUGCCUAAACAAGCUAUUGUCGAUUUCAGCACCAUUCCCGAGGUCGAUGAAAGCUUGACCAAGGCUUUCCUACGCACGACUGUCACAGUGCAAGGCGAUGCUGCAGAGCCUGUCGUCAUGAAGCUCAACAGCCCAGAUGGCAUUCUGAUACAGGAAACUCGGAUGAAGCCAUCCGAGACAAGUAUCCUUACGGUGCAAGACAGCGCGCUUCAGCUUUGGUCUGCGGAGCAUCCGGUCUUAUACACCGUGCUCCUCUCUUUUGGUGGCCACCACAUCAGUCAGCGGGUGGGAUUCCGGCGGAUUGAGCUGAAAGACUCCAACUUCUUGGUCAACGGCAAGCCAAUCAUCCUAUACGGCGUCAACCGCCAUGAGCACCACCCUCUUCAUGGCAGGGCGGUGCCGUAUGAGUGCAUGCGCGCAGAUCUCAUCUUGAUGAAACAAAGCAACAUCAACGCUCUUCGUUGCUCUCAUCAGCCCAACGACCCCCGUCUCUACGAUGUCUGCGACGAGCUCGGCAUCUAUGUCAUGGCUGAAGCAGAUCUUGAGACGCAUGGAUUUGAUUCUAUCGAGAGGACGGCUAUCAAGGACGCCCACCUUAUGAGUGGCAUGGAACUGCAGGAGACGUCAUACCGCCGCGCAGCUAGGUGGACAUCGGACAAUCCGGAGUGGCGCGAAGCGUACCUGGAUCGAGCAGUCCAGCUCGUUGAGCGGUUGAAAAACCACGCCUCGGUUAUCUUCUGGUCUCUUGGAAACGAAGCAUUUUAUGGACAGAAUCAGGCCGCCAUGUAUCGCUGGAUCAAAGAGGCGGACCCAAGUCGACUCGUCCACUACGAGGGCGACCGCGACGCGAUCACCACCGACAUAUACAGCGUCAUGUACGCGUCAAUUGACGACCUAAAGAUGCACGUGGCGGAAAAGCAGGACCGGCCGUUGAUCCAGUGCGAGUACGGUCAUGCAAUGGGCAACGGUCCUGGGGGGCUUGUGGACUACGUUGAUCUCUACCGGACCGAGAAGCUCUUGCAGGGUGGCUUCAUUUGGGAAUGGUGCAACCACGGGUUUCUAAAGAAGGAGGGAAAUACCUCGUACUACGCGUAUGGCGGUGACUUUGGGGACUAUCCUAACGAUGCCGACUUCGCCAUGGACGGUCUAACAUGGUCUGAUCACACGGGGAAUCCUGGACUUGCGGAAUACAGAAAGGUCAUUCAACCAGUUACAGUCCGUCUUGACGGCCGAAGCUUGUACGUCAGGAGCCACUACGACUUCAUCGACCUUGGCCACUUGUCCGCCUCUUGGCAUCUCGUCAGAGAGUCAGGCAACAGCGAGCCUGUCACUCUUGAUCUCCCACAAAUUGAUGCCGGGCAAGAGGUUGUUGCCGACCAGCUCUCGGACGACCAAUGGGGCUCCGAAGAUACCUGGUUCACCAUUAAAUUCCGUCUGAAAAGGGACACGGCGUGGGCAAACAAAGGACACGAAGUGGCUUGGGACCAGCUCCCCCUAUUCAAGGACCAUAAGCUACCACUCCCACAACUGUCAGUGUCGGGGACCGAAUCAACUGAAGCCCCAUCCAUCCACGAGAUUUCCGGUCUCCUUUCUAUAACAUGGCCGAGUUUCAAGUCCACCUUCAGUUUUGACAUGAUCCGUGGCAACCUGCAGUGGGCCAGCGAGGCCGGCAAGAUUAUGUCCAAAGGCCCUCAGCUUGGCCUGCAUCGCGCCUUGACCCAGAACGACGUCGGAUUUGGAGGCGAUGGACCAGAGUGGACCAAGUUUCGUCUCUCAGACACCAAGAUGCACGUGCGAGCCGUUAGCUGGAAGGUAGUUAACGGGGCCGUUGUGGUGGAAGCGACUGUUCGUGUAGCACCUCCCGCCCUUGAAUGGGCCUGCGACGCGAAGAUGACUUAUUCCAUUACUGCCAACAACGUCUCCAUUCACACCAAGGGUGAUUUCUCAGGGAACUAUCCAAAGUAUAUUCCUCGAUUGGGCCUCACCUUGUCUUUGCCAAAGCACAAUUACACGGCUACCUGGUUCGGCCGAGGCCCCGGGGAGUCAUACCGGGACAAGAAGCAGGCAAGCCGGGUUGGAGAAUGGACUGCGACUCUCGAUGAGCUACAGACCAACUAUGAGUGGCCGCAGGAGAACGGAAACCGCGCUGAUGUGCGCUGGGCGAGGUUCUCAUCGAAGGAACAACGAACAAGACUGGAAGCGCGUAUGGAUGUUCCGUUUAACUUUUCGCUGAGAAAACACAGUGCUGCCGACCUAGAGGCAUCCAAGCACCCGCAUGAGCUGACUGAGCUUGACGAGGCGGUGCUCAACUUGGAUUUUGCUCAGCACGGCCUUGGCUCUGGGAGUUGUGGACCUGGUCCAUUUGAGAAUGACCGCUUAGUUGCUGGAUCAUUCAAGUUCACCACGCUUUUCCGGUUAUUGUAA